AUGAUUUGGUCUUUUGCCUGGGGAGGCUCCAAGACUAAGUUGGUGCUUGUUCUGCAGGGGAGUGCGGAGGCGGGUCUGAGUGCAGGGGGAUUGAUGACAAGUCCGGAUCUAGAUACCGAGGUCGAACAAAGAACUCAAGGGAUCCAUGAAAGCCCGGCUCGAAAAGAAAGAAGAAUGCGCAAGGUGGGAUCGGAAUUAUUGCGGGGAGAGCAGCAGGGGCAAAAAGGCGGAAAGCGGCUGAGCGCAGACCCGUGA